AUACGCGAGGAGAUUUUACUUCUAAUAGCUUCGACAGCGAAGUUAACGAAGCUCCGCGAACAUAGGCUCUUCUUUUGCCUUCUUUGACAUUGCCUCCCACUUGAACUGCUAAAUCGACUACAUACUCGCGUUAGCUGCGUGUACCGAUUUAUAGAUUCCUCGAACACACUUAAAAUCCUCGGGAUAUAAAGGCUUGCAAGACCUGUUUUCGCGAUUGCUGUGUCCAGAGGAAUUCUGUCGUGAGCUACACUCCAGCAAUAGACAGCCAGGACAGUCCUUUUGAAUCUACAGUUCUACUCGCUUUUCAGAGAUUCGCCCAUUGUGAGCUGAAAGUUCUUCCAGAAUGCUGUUUCCCCUACUCUUCCUGCCUCUGGUGGCAGCCGUGCCACUCAAAUCAUUGCAGAACAAUUACAACAUAGAAAUCGACGAUGGAGUUCUGAAGAAUGUUCAAUUCAAAGGCGAAGCAGUUUCUGAGCUAGACCUCUCAGGCCUAGGAAUUCGCAAACUGGAAAAGAACGCUUUGGAUAACGUCCCAAACCUGAAGUCCCUCAGCUUGGCGAACAACUCUUUAGAAUCGCUUCCAGAAUUUAUGUUCUCGAACCUGACGAACCUGGAAUACCUGUCUCUGGCCGAGAAUAAACUCAGCAGCUUGGAGUACCUGUUCAUUCGUUUGGAGAAGCUUAAAAUUCUGAAUAUAUCCUGCAAUCCUGUGAUGCACCUACGGAGAGGACACUUAUUCGGUCUGACGAAGUCCGCAACCAUUUUGACGGACGGGAAUGCGCUGUGGAGCAUCAGCACCGGUGCAUUCACGAAUUCGUUCUUGAAGGACGAUGAGGAGGUGAAGCAUUUGGAGAGGAUAAAGGCCGAAGCUGAUAUCGAGCUGCAGAACGACGAGCCUGAGAAAGAUUUGAGCUUGGUAACCGAGAACAACGCGCUGAAAUUCGACAAUUACAUAUCCACGAAGCAGGGAAAGAUCAAGAUCGACAAAUUGAAGCUCUGCAUGCCGGAGAAGAUAAUCAUUUCGAUAGAACCACUGGAAGGUAAUCGAGCCACAAACAAAUGCGUAGAAUUGCCGAUAAACGAAAAGGAUCGAUCUCUCAAUCUUCGCGGAUUGGGAAUCAAAGGAUUCCUCGAAGGAUGGUAUCAGUUACAAUACUUGCCAUUCGUUUCCCUCGAUUUGUCCAACAACGAGAUCACAGAAAUCACUAAGGAGUUGCUGAAUGAUCUUCCUGAAGGACUGAUCUACGUGAACCUUGCGGGCAACAGGAUCAAAGGUUUGUGGAGUCAAGUGAUCGAAAACAGAUACCUGAAGAUGCUGAACCUCAGGAAUAACCUCAUAGACAGAAUCGAAGAAGGUGCCUUGCAGAAAACAAACUUAACGGCUCUAUUCCUGAACGGCAAUCAGCUGGAGAACCUCUCAUUCGCUUCCAGCUUGCCACAAAGCUUGACGGAACUCAUACUAUCAGGCAAUCAGAUUUCGUCCAUCUCCGAUGGAGCUUUCUCGCAGCUGCCGCGUCUGGUCUACCUGAAUCUGGCGAACAAUAGAAUCAGUAAGCUCCAGGACGACGUCUUCAAAGGAUUAAGUUCCCUUAAGGUACUCAUCAUCACGAGAAACAACCUGAACGAGAUUGGACCUAAGGCAUUCUGCGACCUGAAACAGCUCACCACGCUUUAUCUCCAUCGCAACUCUUUGGCCGAGCUUCAGAAAGGGACGUUCUCCGAGCUGGAGAGCUUGAAGGACCUGAACCUGGCCUGGAACAAGCUGACAAGAAUCACGGAAGACACGUUCGCCAAUCUGCCGCCAACACUGGACUUCCUACACCUCGAUUUCAACGAAAUAAGCAGCCUCGAGAAAGCCAGUUUUCUGAACGUUCCCAGAUUCACUCUGUCCCUGGCUGGUAACAAGAUAUCACAAAUUUCACGAGCUGCCUUCGAUCUACCGAGUCUUCGAGACCUGCAUUUGAAUAAUAAUACUUUGACGACUAUCGAUGGCGACAGCUACGAAGGCUUGCCUCAGCUGAAGCGUCUCUGGCUGAACGAAAAUCUGAUCAGAGAGAUACCAAAAGGUUCCUGCAAGAAUCUGGGAAGCUUGAAUAUUUUAGACAUCUCGAGGAAUCCCUUCCAGAAGUUGGAGAACGGUGCUCUUUACGGGCUGAGCGCCAUUAGAGGAAACUUCUUGUACAUUUACAACAAUCAACUGAAAGAGUUACAAGGCGGAGUGUUCGAGGAUCUUUAAUUGAUGACGACUUAUCUUUCUAUGUUAAUCUUGAUGUUAGAAUAUUACUUGAUAUAAAAGGAUCUCUUACGGUUGUGCUCUUAUCGUUUACUAUACGAUUAUUUUGUGUAUUUUUCAUAUGUCUAUAUACAUAUUUUCAUACUUUUAACCAGCUUAUCGCAUACUUGCGUAUAUAUAUUAUGAAAGAU